UAAACUCACUCUCAGGCACACCUUCUCCUUCUCUUAUCUAAGAGGGCGUGUCCCAAACGAGUUUAGUAAGCGAGGAAUCACCUGAGCUCAUUACACCAGCAGCACACAGGUGUAGAAAUGGGCAAAGCAGUUGGACGCUGGGACUUUGAGUGGGUCUAUAAUGAGCAACCGCACACAUGGAGAAGAAGGGAAAUAUUAGCAAAGUAUCCUGAGAUCAAGUCUUUGAUGGGUCAUGACCCCCAGCUGAAGUGGGUCGUGUCAGGGAUGGUACUCACCCAGCUCCUGGCGUGUUACAUGGUCCACGAGCUCUCCUGGAAGUGGGUGUUGUUUUGGGCGUAUGCGUUUGGUGGCUGCAUCAACCACUCUUUGACCCUUGCCAUCCAUGACAUUUCACACAAUGUGGCCUUUGGCACCAAAAGGGCACGCUGGAACCGCUGGUUCGCCAUGUUCGCCAAUCUACCGAUUGGCUUGCCUUAUUCAGCAUCCUUCAAGAAGUACCACAUCGACCACCAUCGUUAUCUCGGAGGAGAUGGAUUGGAUGUGGAUAUUCCUACCGAUCUUGAGGGCUGGUUCUUCUGCACCCCAGCCAGAAAAGUGCUCUGGCUCUUUCUCCAGCCUUUGUUCUAUGCGCUCCGUCCAUUGGUGGUGAACCCCAAGCCCGUGACCAGGUUGGAAAUGCUCAAUGCAGUCGUACAGUUUGUGGUAGACAUUAUCAUCUACUAUUUUUGGGGUCUCAAGCCCAUAGUCUACCUCAUCGCUGGCUCUAUUCUGUGUAUGGGCCUGCAUCCCAUCUCUGGACACUUCAUUGCGGAGCACUACAUGUUUAUGAAAGGUCAUGAAACCUACUCUUAUUACGGCCCUCUCAACUUAAUAACCUUCAAUGUGGGAUACCAUAUGGAGCACCAUGACUUCCCCAGCAUUCCAGGCAGCAAAUUACCAGAGGUCAAGAGGAUUGCAGCAGAGUACUAUGACUCACUCCCUCAACACACUUCCUGGAUGCGAGUGCUCUGGGACUUCGUGUUUGAUGACACCAUCGGCCCCUACGCCAGAAUCAAGAGACAGUACAAACUUGGCAAAAAGGAAUGAAUUGGGUAUUAGGCUACUGAUCUAACCAAACAUACUACAAGGUAUUUACACAAAUCUGUGAGGCACUUGAAGGCUGUUAGUUAAAAGGGAACAAACCCUUUCACACGUGAACCUGCAUACCCUUUUCAUUCUGUCACAGCAUUUCAUCAUAUAGAUCAAUCUGUACAAUGUAUGAACAAUAACUGUACAUUCCCUGCACCUAGGACCGUGUUACAUGAUUUGUGAUUUAUUGUUUGGGUGUAUCAAAGCCCAGCUAAUUGUCUCAAAAGCUUUCCAUACACUCAUUCCAAACGAAACAUCUGAUGUUGUUUUUAUGGUAUCCAUGUUCAAUAUCAAUGCAGUUAUUUGUGAUUAUCAUUGCCACCUUCUCAACUAAAUCCAACUACUGAGAUGCCAGUUAAGAUGUACCUGAGGAAAGAAGUGCUGAGAUGGGAUGUUUAAGUGGACUUAAAAUGCCUUUUCAUCAGUGAGGCCCUUUUGAAAACUGAAUAUUUAAUUGUUUUGUGAGCUAUUAGUGUAACUUGAAGUCUUUAGCUAUUUUGACAUGUUCUGUCGUUUGCACUGUGACAGUUUAACUCUGAACUCCACUGUGAUAAAGCUGUUGUGGAAUAUAUUUGUUCAGCACAAUGUAUUUCAAUAAACUUCCUAAACUUG